UCACACCCCCUGCCUCCUCAUGCCAUCCGCUCCCCCCCGCCCCCACCCUCCGCGUGCCCGCUCCCUUGCCGCCUCUUUUGACCCUCCCUGCCCCCCUCGCCGUUUCCCACCGCCCGCCAUUCGCUCCUCCCCGCCCGUGCGCUCCCCUCGUUUACCUUCUCCUCCCCCCUCCCCUCCUCUGCUGCACGCCUCUUCCUUCCCCUCGCCGACCCACUCCACUCCCUGCCCCUCCUCAAUCCGCACCCUGCCCCUCGUAUCUCGCCCCCCUAUGCUUGGUUUCUCCCCUCCCUGCCCCUCGCCGCCUUUCUCCGCUCCCCACCUCCCCCCUCUCCCUGCUCCCCCACUCUCCCCCCCUUGCCCUUGGCUUCCUACCUCCCUGCCCCACCUUUCCCCCCUCCGUGUGCUCAGCUUCUCCCCUCCCUGCCCCUCCCUCCUCCCCGCCCUGCCCCUCAUUUUCCGCCCCCCCACGCCCGGUUUCUCCCCUCCCCGCGCCUCCCUUUCUUUCUCCGUGCCUCUCCUUUGCUCCCUCCCUGCCCCCCGCCUGCCCAUGCCCCUGUCUUUGGCUUCUCCCCUCCCUGCCCCACGUUUCUUCCCUCCCUGCCCCCCCUCUGCCCCUCCCUUGUUUUCCCCUCACCCAUUGCUUCUCCCCUCCCUGCCCUUGAUUUCCCGCACCCCUGCCCUUGUUUCCUACCAUCCAUGCCCCUCGUUUCCCCCCUUUGUACGUUCAGCCUCUUCCCUCCCUGCCCCUCCCCUCCUCCCCCCCUGCCCUUUGCGUUCCCCUCGCUUACGCUCCCUUCUCCCCAUCCCUGCUGCCCUCUUGCCACCAUCAGCCCAUCCGCACCACCAGCCCCCCUCCCACCCUUCUCUCCCCCCCUCCCUUUCCCUCUCUCUCUCUCUCUCUCUCUCUCUCUCUUUCUCACACACACACGCACACUCCCCUCCCCCACCCCCCACCCACGUCCUCCCAUUCCGCCCCUCCCUGCCCCUUUCCCACCCCCUCGCACGCCCCUCACCUCCCACCUCCGUGCAACUGGUUUCCCCCCUAUGGUGCCUCCCUUGCAUCGCUCGCCCCUCUGCUCACCCUCUGCCCGCCCCUUUUCCGUGCCCUCAGCUGGCCCAGCCCCUGCCCGUUGCUGCCCCUCCCCUUGCCCCCUCAACUCCCCUGCCCCCCGUACACCCCAGUCCCAUCCAACCGCCCCCACCCUCCCCCGGCUGCCCGUUUCCGCUCUCCACCCCCGCGACCUCACACCCCCUGCCUCCUCAUGCCAUCCGCUCCCCCCGCCCCCACCCUCCGCGUGCCCGCUCCCUUGCCGCCUCUUUUGACCCUCCCUGCCCCCCUCGCCGUUUCCCACCGCCCGCCAUUCGCUCCUCCCCGCCCGUGCGCUCCCCUCGUUUACCUUCUCCUCCCCCCUCCCCUCCUCUGCUGCACGCCUCUUCCUUCCCCUCGCCGACCCACUCCACUCCCUGCCCCUCCUCAAUCCGCACCCUGCCCCUCGUAUCUCGCCCCCCUAUGCUUGGUUUCUCCCCUCCCUGCCCCUCGCCGCCUUUCUCCGCUCCCCACCUCCCCCCUCUCCCUGCUCCCCCACUCUCCCCCCCUUGCCCUUGGCUUCCUACCUCCCUGCCCCACCUUUCCCCCCUCCGUGUGCUCAGCUUCUCCCCUCCCUGCCCCUCCCUCCUCCCCGCCCUGCCCCUCAUUUUCCGCCCCCCCACGCCCGGUUUCUCCCCUCCCCGCGCCUCCCUUUCUUUCUCCGUGCCUCUCCUUUGCUCCCUCCCUGCCCCCUGCCUGCCCAUGCCCCUGUCUUUGGCUUCUCCCCUCCCUGCCCCACGUUUCUUCCCUCCCUGCCCCCCCCUCUGCCCCUCCCUUGUUUUCCCCUCACCCAUUGCUUCUCCCCUCCCUGCCCUUGAUUUCCCGCACCCCUGCCCUUGUUUCCUACCAUCCAUGCCCCUCGUUUCCCCCCUUUGUACGUUCAGCCUCUUCCCUCCCUGCCCCUCCCCUCCUCCCCCCCUGCCCUUUGCGUUCCCCUCGCUACGCUCCCUUCUCCCCAUCCCUGCUGCCCUCUUGCCACCAUCAGCCCAUCCGCACCACCAGCCCCCCUCCCACCCUUCUCUCCCCCCCUCCCUUUCCCUCUCUCUCUCUCUCUCUCUCUCUCUCUUUCUCACACACACACGCACACUCCCCUCCCCCACCCCCCACCCACGUCCUCCCAUUCUGCCCCUCCCUGCCCCUUUCCCACCCCCUCGCACGCCCCUCACCUCCCACCUCCGUGCAACUGGUUUCCCCCCUAUGGUGCCUCCCUUGCAUCGCUCGCCCCUCUGCUCACCCUCUGCCCGCCCCUUUUCCGUGCCCUCAGCUGGCCCAGCCCCUGCCCGUUGCUGCCCCUCCCCUUGCCCCCUCAACUCCCCUGCCCCCCGUACACCCCAGUCCCAUCCAACCGCCCCCACCCUCCCCCGGCUGCCCGUUUCCGCUCUCCACCCCCGCGACCGUGUGCGGCUUCCAACCGCCCAACGGUGUCCACCCCCUGCCCCUCAUGCCAUCCGCUCCCCCCGCCCCCACCCUCCGCGUGCCGCUCCCUUGCCGCCUCUUUUGACCCUCCCUGCCCCCCUCGCCGUUUCCCACCGCCCGCCAUUCGCUCCUCCCCGCCCGUGCGCUCCCCUCGUUUACCUUCUCCUCCCCCCUCCCCUCCUCUGCUGCACGCCUCUUCCUUCCCCUCGCCGACCCACUCCACUCCCUGCCCCUCCUCAAUCCGCACCCUGCCCCUCGUAUCUCGCCCCCCUAUGCUUGGUUUCUCCCCUCCCUGCCCCUCGCCGCCUUUCUCCGCUCCCCACCUCCCCCCUCUCCCUGCCCCCCCACUCUCCCCCCCUUGCCCUUGGCUUCCUACCUCCUGCCCCACCUUUCCCCCCUCCGUGUGCUCAGCUUCUCCCCUCCCUGCCCCUCCCUCCUCCCCGCCCUGCCCCUCAUUUUCCGCCCCCCCACGCCCGGUUUCUCCCCUCCCCGCGCCUCCUUUCUUUCUCCGUGCCUCUCCUUUGCUCCCUCCCUGCCCCCGCCUGCCCAUGCCCCUGUCUUUGGCUUCUCCCUCCCUGCCCCACGUUUCUUCCCUCCCUGCCCCCCCUCUGCCCCUCCCUUGUUUUCCCCUCACCCAUUGCUUCUCCCCUCCCUGCCCUUGAUUUCCCGCACCCCUGCCCUUGUUUCCUACCAUCCAUGCCCCUCGUUUCCCCCCUUUGUACGUUCAGCCUCUUCCCUCCCUGCCCCUCCCCUCCUCCCCCCCUGCCCUUUGCGUUCCCCUCGUUACGCUCCCUUCUCCCCAUCCCUGCUGCCCUCUUGCCACCAUCAGCCCAUCCGCACCACCAGCCCCCCUCCCACCCUUCUCUCCCCCCCUCCCUUUCCCUCUCUCUCUCUCUCUCUCUCUCUCUCUCUUUCUCACACACACACGCACACUCCCCUCCCCCAACCCCCACCCACGUCCUCCCAUUCCGCCCCUCCCUGCCCCUUUCCCACCCCCUCGCACGCCCCUCACCUCCCACCUCCGUGCAACUGGUUUCCCCCCUAUGGUGCCUCCCUUGCAUCGCUCGCCCCUCUGCUCACCCUCUGCCCGCCCCUUUUCCGUGCCCUCAGCUGGCCCAGCCCCUGCCCGUUGCUGCCCCUCCCCUUGCCCCCUCAACUCCCCUGCCCCCCGUACACCCCAGUCCCAUCCAACCGCCCCCACCCUCCCCCGGCUGCCCGUUUCCGCUCUCCACCCCCGCGACCGUCUCCCCCCGCCCCCACCCUCCGCGUGCCCGCUCCCUUGCCGCCUCUUUUGACCCUCCCUGCCCCCCUCGCCGUUUCCCACCGCCCGCCAUUCGCUCCUCCCCGCCCGUGCGCUCCCCUCGUUUACCUUCUCCUCCCCCCUCCCCUCCUCUGCUGCACGCCUCUUCCUUCCCCUCGCCGACCCACUCCACUCCCUGCCCCUCCUCAAUCCGCACCCUGCCCCUCGUAUCUCGCCCCCCUAUGCUUGGUUUCUCCCCCUCCCUGCCCCUCGCCGCCUUUCUCCGCUCCCCACCUCCCCCCUCUCCCUGCCCCCCCACUCUCCCCCCCUUGCCCUUGGCUUCCUACCUCCCUGCCCCACCUUUCCCCCCUCCGUGUGCUCAGCUUCUCCCCUCCCUGCCCCUCCCUCCUCCCCGCCCUGCCCCUCAUUUUCCGCCCCCCCACGCCCGGUUUCUCCCCUCCCCGCGCCUCCCUUUCUUUCUCCGUGCCUCUCCUUUGCUCCCUCCCUGCCCCCGCCUGCCCAUGCCCCUGUCUUUGGCUUCUCCCCUCCCUGCCCCACGUUUCUUCCCUCCCUGCCCCCCCUCUGCCCCUCCCUUGUUUUCCCCUCACCCAUUGCUUCUCCCCUCCCUGCCCUUGAUUUCCCGCACCCCUGCCCUUGUUUCCUACCAUCCAUGCCCCUCGUUUCCCCCCUUUGUACGUUCAGCCUCUUCCCUCCCUGCCCCUCCCCUCCUCCCCCCCUGCCCUUUGCGUUCCCCUCGUUACGCUCCCUUCUCCCCAUCCCUGCUGCCCUCUUGCCACCAUCAGCCCAUCCGCACCACCAGCCCCCUCCCACCCUCUCUCUCCCCCCCUCCCUUUCCCUCUCUCUCUCUCUCUCUCUCUCUCUCUCUUUCUCACACACACACGCACACUCCCCUCCCCCACCCCCCACCCACGUCCUCCCAUUCCGCCCCUCCCUGCCCCUUUCCCACCCCCUCGCACGCCCCUCACCUCCCACCUCCGUGCAACUGGUUUCCCCCCUAUGGUGCCUCCCUUGCAUCGCUCGCCCCUCUGCUCACCCUCUGCCCGCCCCUUUUCCGUGCCCUCAGCUGGCCCAGCCCCUGCCCGUUGCUGCCCCUCCCCUUGCCCCCUCAACUCCCCUGCCCCCCGUACACCCCAGUCCCAUCCAACCGCCCCCACCCUCCCCCGGCUGCCCGUUUCCGCUCUCCACCCCCGCGACCGUGUGCGGCUUCCAACCGCCCAACGGUGGUGCGCACGGGGCGUUUCUUCGCACGGGCAAGCCUCCCCGGGGGGCCCCCACCCCGCUGA